CACAUGUAAGAUGAAAAGUUCACUGGGUUUUUGCUCCGCACGAAACAUAGGCUGAAUUAGUGUGGAAGUGUCGGUGUUUGUGUCWGUGGUCUUUUUUUAAUUUUUAAAUGAAGCUAAUAUCAGAGCUCGGUGGCCAGUUAACUUGUGUCGCCUGUUUUGGCCGCUGUCUGUGUCUCGCGCGGCGUGGAAACAUAAGCUUCCUUGAAGCAGCAUUUAUUUAAAAAAAAAAAAGUGUUUUACUAAAGAGCCGUAGCGGAAGUUAUAAAAACAGAAAGAAGAGGGAGGUUGUUUGAAUAGUUUGACCUGCUACCGCGUGGUCGAGUGGGUAUUUAACUGAGCCAUUUAAAUUCCCGAGCAGAGAGGAUGGCCUGUGCUAGCAAAAACACGUCUGCUACUGUGAAAUAAAGCUGUUUAAUGAUGCUUUUUUUAACGGAAUGGCUCUACCUCUGCCAGCCGUGGGUUCAUUUAAUUCACUUCCAGUAAUUAAGCUUACGCUGUUCUCACAAGAAGAGAGAAACUCGAGCCUUGUUUCUUUCGCGUUGUCUCAGGUGAAACUUGAUUCUGCAAACCUCUUCUGAAUGGGAAAGAUGGAGAGGGAGCUACAGUGGUGGAAAGGACAGCUAGCCGCGGAUAUCCAUCAGUCCUUGCGCAUUAAGGAGCUGAAGCUGCCGGUUUACCGGGCCCACUCCCCGCAGAUCGGCAUGCGGCGCUACUUUGCAGACUUGUUGGCCAUCCUGAGUAAUCGCUACCAGCUCUGCCCCACAGCACGUCAUCUGGCCGUUUACCUGCUGGACUUGUUCAUGGACCACUACGAUGUUGCCGUCAAACAGCUCUACGUCAUCGCCCUCUCCUGUCUGCUGCUAGCYAGUAAAUUUGAGGAGAAGGAGGACCGGGUCCCCAAACUGGAGCAGCUGAACUCCCUUGGUUUUAUGUGCAGCCUGAAUCUUGUCCUCAACAAGAAGGAUCUGAUCAAAAUGGAGCUUCUGUUGUUGGAGACUUUCAGCUGGAAUCUGUGCAUGCCCACGCCCGCCCACUUUAUCGACUACUACCUCCACGCCGCGGUGCAGGACGGGGACCUAUACAACGGCUGGCCCCUGUCCUCCAUCUCCAAGACCAAGUCCUUCAUGGACAAAUACACACACUACUUCCUGGAGGUUUCCUUGCAGGAUCACGCCUUCCUGAACUUCAGGCCGUCCCAGGUCGCUGCUGCGUGCGUGGCAGCUUCUCGUAUUUGCCUUCAGAUUUCCCCAAGCUGGACGACUGCUCUGCAUCUGCUGACAGGGUACUCCUGGGACCACCUCACCCAGUGCAUCGAACUCAUGCUGCUAGCUCAUGACAACGAUGUGAAAGAAGCCAAUAAAAGCAAAUCCACCCCUCCCCACCGGCCCUCCUCGCUGCAGUCCCAGCCCCAGACUUCUCACCUCUCUCRGGUGUCAGCCAUCCAGAGACCAGCCUCCUCCAGCUCCUCCACUCCACAGCUACUCUUUCAGCCCGACACUUUCCCACACCUUUCCCAGCACUCCCCGUCCCUGUCUCAGCUGCAAGCACUGGCCGACUCCCAGGCAUUGGGCCCAGUAGUCAACAUGUCUCAGGACUUCCUUCAGAGCCACCGGAUGGGUCUUCUAGCUGGGGCUCCCCCCGUCACUCCCGGAGGAGCGUUCCCGUCUUACUCGAGUCUAACCUCAGGUCUUCAGCCAGGAGCCCGCGCUCUGCCUCUGCAGGGCCCCAUCUCCGUGCAGAUGGCCCUCGCCGGUGAACCGCGGCACUGCCUGAGCAUGGCCUACAGCGGGGGCUACCUGGGCGCGCAUCACACGUUCACGGCCGGUUGCUUCGACAGGUGACGCCAGGAGACGGAGAGGGAGCUCAAACCCCCCCGGGAGUCUACGUCGCUGAUUCCCACCCAGAAAGAUCCACUCGCAGACCUAUUCUCCCUCUCCGUCGGCACCGCAACACCCUCCACUCGCCCGGCUCCCCKGCCCCUCUCACAGAGACGCCUCAAACGUAAGCAGAGGUCCAAAGGCAGAACAGACCAAGUGGAAGUCAUCACACUGACGUGACAAAUGCUCAACUGCCUCAUAUUCAACUCUGAGGCACCACAGACACUUUCCCUGCUGUAUACUGAACUGACUAUAAACAAACUGUUAUUAUGAGACUGUCAUCACUGUGAAUGAGAUGAAAGCAGCAGCGCCAUCGUACACCCACCUCAUUCAGUGCCUGUUCUCAGCUGUGUGUGAUAGCUGAGCCAAUUCUAGAAGUGCACAGAACAAAGUUUCUGUCUUGAGCGUAUUUUGCUGCUUGAUGUUCUUUUCUCUUCGAUUCCGAUCCCAAAAAUGUAACACAUCUCAUAGGAAACUGGGUUGUUUCUGUUUUCUUAGCGUAAGCCAUCGUUUGACUAAAAAAGGUGCUUAAAUCGAGGAGCACAAAGAGGCUGUGUACAUCAGCAAAUAUUUGAUGUGAUGAGCAGAAAGGCUCCUCUGGACAUUCCUCCCAACACAGGACCUCAGAGGAGACGGAGAAUUCAUUGUUUUGCUCACAGCAGGCGACGUCCACGGCUCACACACCGGCCUGCAGUUUUCAGCUGAGUUUUUCUCCUCGUCUCUUUGUCCCCAAAGUCGAGCCUUUUGGGAGCGCGUUCACACAAACAGGUAAAAACACCACCUGCUUCUCCUACACGCUCUUCAUACUAAAGUUUGAAUUUCAUCAGCAACACUCAAAGAGUUAAUCACCAACCGAUGUGAUUGGACCAGCACGGUGAAAGAGACGUAGACGUUGGUUGUGUGUAAAUGCAAAUUGCUGCUGCCUUUAAAAAAAAAGAAAAAAAAGAAGCUGGUUCUGUGUCUGUGUUAAUGCCUCCCAAUGUUUACAUGAACCACUAUCAGGGACAAGAUUACUUGAAUAUGAUGCCAUUGAAACAUGCCAUAGCUUUUAUUUAUGAGUUUUUGUUCUUUUUUUCUUUCUUAUUCAUUUUGUUUGAUGUAGUGUAGCUUUCUUUUAACUUAGCAACCCAACAUUAAUUAAGUGUAGUUAUUAUUUUGUGUUUGUUCAUACAAACUGUACAUUCAGACUCAGGUCUAAAGGCUGAAACUAUAGCUGCCUGUUCUUAACGUUUCUGUGCUUAUUGUGCUUUAAAAAUGGAUGCCGACGCAUCACUAGACCCCCUCUCUCUGUGUAGACCUCGGGAUGCUAAAACCCCACAGCUACAAAUGUGCGGCUGGUUUCACACGAACAUCUGCUACCAGUCGCCUGUAAUUGCUUCCCAAAUUUCUAAAAGCUGCAA